AUGGCCUUUGAUGAGCUGAGAAGGGACUUCUUGUCCCCACCAGGAACUCCCCAUUGGAAAGCCCAGCCGCAGCUGGCCACAGACCAGUUCCCACGGGUGGUGGCACUGCAGGACACGCAGCGCAAUCUCUUGGCCUUCGGCUCCAACCUGAAUGAGCACUGGAUCCUCAGCGCCACAUCCAGCCUGCAGAGCAGGCAGCAGGUGGUGGCCUUGGUUGGACUGAGCGCCAUGAAGAGGCAACGGGAGGACCGGCACCAGUAUUCCACCAGCACUGUCAUCCCCUACAAGGACUUUGACAAGGUGAUGCUCAACAACAAUAUUGCUCUGCUCAGGACAGCUGCCCCACUGGCGUUCAGCAGCAUCGUUCAGCCCAUUCGCUUCCCCCAGGGGAGCCUCUCUGCCUCAGACCUCAUGAACUGCUGGGUCUCGGGCUGGAUCCAUCCCAUCACAGGCCUGCAGGCACUGCUCCUGGUCCCUGGACCUCUCACCCUGCUGGGGCCUCCAAGGGCCUUUGAUGUGGCCAGGGUCAAAGAUGCUCAGAAGGGUGAUGCUGGCAACCCCGUCAUAUGCCAGAUUAGAGGGACUGAGAAAUGGGUCCUGAAACUUCCACUGCCCCCUUGCAGCAUCAGACAAGCCUAG